CGUGAUAUUAGUCGAGAAUUCUCGGUCAUUGUCAUUUUGUUUGCCUAAACCUGCAGGACCACACGCACACCAGGAUCGUCCCCUCGUGUUUCAUCUUUUCCGCUACCUACACACAGAGAAAGGGACGCGCACGACAGCCUCGGAAAGUCAACGAAUCGAUCAUGCUUUUUUUAGAUAUACGCUGAAAUAAGUCUUAUUUCCAUUCGAACUCGAAGAAAGCCAAAGUGAAAACAAGGUAUCCUUGCAAAAGCUAAAGAGAGCAGGACCAGGUCGAGAACCAAAAUGGCAGCGUUAGGUUUGGACAGAAACGCGGAUGCUCAUGCAGGUUCUAAAGGCAGAAGUGGCGACAAUCUUCUCGCCACUUCAACAUUACCGCAGCUUUCCGCAGUUGACAGCGCUGGUGUCGACGAAGAAACUUUGAAAAGACGUAAACGGCUGGCCGAGUUGUGGAGCCGAGGUAGCAUGUCGGCGGAGCUGGACCGGUCGUGGAAAAAGUUCCAACUGCGGCACGAAAAUUUCACGAAUGGCCUGGUUGCGCAGAUUGGCAUGAGCUUCUACGACCCUGAUGACGUUUUCAAGCAGUAUGAGCAAGAGCAAAAGGAACAACAGAAGGCAGCGAGGCUCAAGGCGGAGGCGGAAAGCGUUGCUGAGCGAGGCGAUGUCAUACGCGAAGGAACUGCAAGUGCCACCGACCACCGAGGAGAAAGCGAAAAAUAUAUCGUGAAUACUUCUACACCGAGCAGUGUUGUCGGUGUUUCGAAUACGAACAAUGACUCAAGAACUCACAUGACACAAACGUCAAACUCAAAAGCAGAAGACAGAUAACACGCAUAACUGUAAAUUUAAUGAAGGCAAUCAAACUUGUUUGAAACAAGCCGCCCAGCCCCAGGUGCAGAAGAAGAUAGACGAGGC